CCUUCCUUCCGUGUAUCCACGCAUCCAUCCUUCCACCCAUCCACCUAUCCAUCCAUCCACUGCCUGCCUGCCUGCCAGCCAGCAGCAGCAGAAAAAGCAACAGCGCGUACGCAGCCUACCCAGACCACCUCGUCGGCUCGGUCGGAAGCGCGAGUACCAGUGCUCCCUCAGGUGUCACAGCAGCAGUUAGCAGCAUGUCCAGCGAAGCCGCUGAAAAGCGCGAUGUGCGCAAUCCCAUCCUUUUCGAGUGUGCCUGGGAGGUGGCAAACAAGGUCGGUGGGAUAUACACCGUCAUUAAGACCAAGGCCCCGGUGACUGCGCAAGAGUAUGGCGACCGCUACACCUUGAUCGGGCCGUUGUCCUACAAGACGGCGCCGAUGGAGGUCGAGUCGCUCGAGCCGGAAGACCCAGCGGUGCGGGCGACGCUCGCCUCGAUGCAAGAGCGCGGCGUCAAGUACCUCUACGGGCGCUGGCUAAUUGAGCGCGCCCCGCGCGUGCUCCUCUUCGACACUGGCAGCAUGUACCACCGCCUCGACGAGUGGAAGGGUGACUUAUGGAACAUUGCCGGCAUCCCCACGCCACCGAGCGACCACGAGACCAACGAGACGCUCGUCUUUGGCUACCUCGUCGCCUGGUUCCUCGGCGAGUACGCCAACCACGAGCGCAAGCAGGCCAUCAUUGCCCAUUUCCACGAGUGGCAGGCCGGCCUCGCGAUCCCGCUGUGCCGCAAGCGGCAUAUUGACGUGACGACCAUCUUCACCACGCACGCUACCCUGCUCGGCCGCUACCUCUGCGCCGGCAGCGUCGACUUCUACAACAACCUCCAGUACUUUGACGUCGACCACGAGGCAGGAAAGCGCGGCAUCUACCACCGCUACUGUAUCGAGCGCAGCGCAGCACACUGCGCAGACGUCUUCACCACCGUCAGCCAUAUCACUGCGUACGAGUCGGAGCACCUUCUAAAACGCAAGCCGGACGGCGUCCUACCCAACGGGCUCAACGUCGUCAAGUUCUCUGCCAUGCACGAGUUCCAGAACCUGCACGCCGUAUCGAAAGCCAAGAUCAACGAAUUCAUCAAGGGCCACUUCUACGGCCACUAUGACUUUGACCUCGAGAACACGCUCUACUUUUUCACCGCCGGCCGGUACGAGUACCGCAACAAGGGCGUUGAUUUGUUCAUCGAGUCGCUCGCCAGGCUCAACCAUCGCCUGCAGCAGGCCGGCAGCAAGAUCACCGUCGUCGCAUUCAUUAUCAUGCCCGCUGCAACGCACUCGUACACGAUCGAGGCGCUCAAAGGCCAGGCUGUUACCAAGCAGCUCAAGGAUACGGUCGAGCAGAUCCAGCAGCGGAUCGGCGACAAACUGUUCGAGCGCACCGCACGCUACACUGGCGAGGGCGGCAUGGACAUCAUCGACCCGGGCACCCUGCUCAGCGAGCAGGACAAGAUCCUACUCAAGCGCCGCAUUUUUGCGCUCAAGCGCAACUCGCUCCCCCCUGUUGUCACACAUAACAUGGCUGACGACGCCGCUGACCCGAUCCUCAACCAGAUCCGCCGCGUCCAGCUGUUCAACCGCCCGCAGGACCGCGUCAAGAUCAUUUUCCACCCCGAAUUCCUUAACGCCAACAACCCUAUUCUCGGUCUCGACUACGAGGAGUUUGUCCGCGGAUGCCACAUGGGCGUCUUUCCUUCAUACUACGAGCCGUGGGGCUACACGCCGGCGGAAUGCACAGUUAUGGGGAUUCCAUCCAUCACGACCAAUCUCUCCGGUUUCGGCUGCUUCAUGGAGGAUAUGAUCGAGAACAGCGAGGAUUACGGUAUCUACAUUGUCGACCGGCGCAUGAAGGGCGUCGACGACAGCGUCAACCAACUAACGGACCAGAUGUUCAGCUACACCCAGAAGACCCGCCGGCAGCGCAUCAACCAGCGCAACCGCACUGAGCGCCUCAGCGACCUGCUCGACUGGAAGAAGCUCGGCCUUGAAUACGCCAAAGCACGCCAGCUCGCGCUGCGCCGCGCCUAUCCGGACAGCUUUGCCGACGACGACGACGAUGAGAAGGACUACGGAUACUUUGACGAUGAUGUUACCAGCGGCGGCGGCGGCGGCAAGAUGCCACCGCCACUGUCGAUGCCUGGCAGCCCAAAGCUGAGCGGGAUGCGCACGCCAGGCGACUUUGGCACGCUCGCGGAGGACAUGGAGGGGCUCAGCACGUCCGACUACAGGGGUGCGACGUCGACGUUCUGGCGGCGCCUCUCGCAGCCGGACGACGAGGAGGAGGAGAAGUUCCGCUUCCCGUUGGUGAUGAAGCCGCGGCGGCGCGGGACAUCGGUCGGGAGCAACGUUGGCAGCACGGUGAGCGGUGCGAGCACACCUGGCCUGCUGGGCAGCAAGACGCUCAGCGCGCAGGACCUCGAUCGUGCCGACGCGGCGCUUAGCCACCACCAUCAUCACCGCGACGUCAACGGGAAUGGGAACGGGAACGGGAAUGGGCAUGGGCAUGGGCAGCACAAUGGUUAUUGAUCGCCAACGCUGCUGCUGCUCGGUCCGGGCUCGGAACGAAGGUUGUCGCAAAAAAGGGACCCGUGCUCACACGAACCUACCUCCAAAAAUACUAGCAGCGGCGUCGGCGACGCGCAAAGCGCAACCCGCGGCUAUUCUUCUUCCCGUCCCCUCCCAUUGCACGCACAUGCCCACGCUCACACGCUCGACUGUAUCUUGUACGCACCCGUAUACUCUGUUUCUCUUGUGAUGAAUGAAG